AAAGGGGCUGGGCUGGGCUGGGCUGGCUGCUGCUGUAGUCCAGGAGGCUGAGACUUCGAGAGGGACUGAGAGAGGGCAGACGCAUCCCGGACUCACUCGAGGACAAGGCUCAGCUCUUGCCAGGCCAACUUGAGACAUGUCUGACACAAGCGAGACUGGUACGGGUCCAACCCGCUCCCAGGCUGAAACUUCAGAAAAGGAAAGCGACUUGAAGGCGCAGACCGUAUUGACAGUGACCCAGAACUUGGAGGUCUCAGAGACACCAAAGGCUUCAAAGGCACCAGAGGUCUCUGAGGCCGAGAAGGUCUCAAAAGCUGCAGGGGUCUCAAAGGCCACAGAGGUCUCAAAGGCCCCAGAAGCUCCCGAGGCAGCUGACACUAAGGAGUCAUCUACCACUAAGCUGACUGAUACCCAGAGUUUGGCAGCUGAAAAGAAGAGUCCAGCAGCUGACACCGAGGUGCAGAAGGCUGACCCUCAGGCUGUGACAGCUCCUGCCACUGAGACCGAAAAGGUCAGCUGUGUGGCUGAUACUAAGGUCAAUACAAAGGCCCAGGAGACUGAGGCUGAUGCCUCUCAGGCUCCGAAGGCGGAUGAACCUGAGCCUGAGGGCACAGUAGCCCAGGCUCAGGAGAAUCAGGAUACUCGGCCCAAGGUCAAGGCCAAGAAAGCCCGAAAGGUGAAGCAUCUGAAUGGGGAAGAGGAGGGCAGCAGUGAUCAGAGUCAGGCUUCUGGAACCACAGGUGGCCGAAGGGUCUCAAAGGCCCUAAUGGCCUCCAUGGCCCGCAGGGCUUCAAGGGGCCCCAUAGCCUUUUGGGCUCGCAGGGCAUCAAGGACUCGCUUGGCUGCUUGGGCCCGGAGAGCUUUGCUCUCCCUGAGAUCGCCUAAGGCCCGUAGGGGCAAGGCUCGCCGCAGAGCUGCCAAGCUCCAGGCAUCCGAAGAGCCUGAAGCACCACCAUCUCGGGAUGUGGCCCUUUUGCAAGGGAGGGCAAACGAGUUGGUGAAGUACCUGUUGGCUAAAGACCAGACAAAGAUUCCUAUCAAGCGCGCAGACAUGCUGAAGGACAUCAUCAAAGAAUACACUGAUGUGUACCCUGAAAUCAUUGAACGAGCAGGCUAUUCCUUGGAGAAGGUAUUUGGGAUCCAAUUGAAGGAAAUUGAUAAGAAUGACCACUUGUACAUUCUUCUCAGCACCUUGGAACCUACUGAUGCAGGCAUACUGGGAACAACCAAGGACUCCCCCAAGCUGGGUCUCCUCAUGGUGCUUCUUAGCAUCAUCUUCAUGAAUGGAAAUCGGUCCAGCGAGGCUGUCAUCUGGGAGGUGCUGCGCAAGUUGGGGCUGCGCCCUGGUAUACAUCACUCACUUUUUGGGGACGUGAAGAAGCUCAUUACCGAUGAGUUUGUGAAGCAGAAGUACCUGGACUAUGCCCGAGUCCCUAACAGCAAUCCCCCUGAGUAUGAGUUCUUCUGGGGCCUGCGCUCCUACCAUGAGACCAGCAAGAUGAAAGUCCUCAAGUUUGCCUGCAAGGUACAAAAGAAGGAUCCCAAGGAAUGGGCAGCUCAGUACCGAGAGGCGAUGGAAGCAGAUAUUAAGGCUGCGGCUGAGGCUGCAGCUGAAGCCAAGGCGAGAGCUGAGAUUAGAGCUCGAAUGGGCAUUGGGCUUGGCUCUGAGAAUGCUGCUGGGCCCUGCAACUGGGACGAAGCUGAUAUUGGACCCUGGGCCAAAGCCCGGAUCCAGGCGGGAGCUGAAGCUAAAGCCAAAGCCCAAGAGAGUGGUGGUGCCAGCACUGGUGCCAGUGCCGGUGCCAGUGCCGGUGCCAGCGCCGGUGCCAGCGCCAGCGCCAGUGGCAGCUUCGGUGCCAGUGCCAGCCUGCCCACCACUCUCACGUUUGGGCUCUUCUCUGGCCUCAGUGGAACUGGUGCCAACAGCAGUGGUAGCUCUGGUGCCUGUGGUUUUUCCUACAAGUGAGAUUUCAGGUACAUGUUUAGAUUCGGUGAGGGCAGCCAGGGCUCUUGGGGAUGGGAUGAGCUGGGUGGUUAUAGGAAGGCCAAGGUCGGAGGACCAUACGGAGAGUGUGGGAAAAUACUGCUUUUGACAUUGUAUUCCUUCCUGUUUGGUGGCUAUCAGUUGACUUUCUAAUUUUCUUUUACUUGUGAUUUCAGAUAUUGCUAAUCCCAGCAGCCUUUCUCUUCAUGCCAGGGUGCGUCCUCAGAAAUGUACUCAACACAGCACUCUAGGCAGCCACUAUCAAUCAAUUGAAUUUGACACACUAUAUUAAAUCUAUUUGCCAUUUCUGA